GCACCGCCCAGGCCGCGGGGCUGCGCCCCUGCCCGACCCCACCAGUGCGCGCGCCGCGCCGCAGAGCCUUUGAAAGGCGGCCGGAGGCGCUGGCGGGCCAGGGGGCGAUGGCGAGCCUGGGCCACCUGCUGUGCGUGCUGGCUUUGCUGCUGUGUGGGCCCCCGAGCCCCGGGCUAUCCAGACCCCAUCAGCGAGGCCCGAAGAAACCCAUCAUCGGAGUAUUAAUGCAAAAAUGCAGUAGCAAGGAGAUGAGAAACCUGGGAAAAUACUACAUUGCUGCAUCCUAUGUGAAGUACUUGGAGUCCGCAGGUGCGAGAGUUGUACCCAUAAGGCUUGAUCUUCCACUUACACAGUAUACAGAACUUUUCAGAUCUAUCAAUGGAAUCCUUUUUCCUGGAGGAAGUGCUAGCUUAUCAGAGUCAGAGUAUUCCAAUACAGCCAGAAUAUUUUUCAACAAGGCCAUAGAGAGUUAUGACGAUGGAGACUAUUUUCCUGUGUGGGGAACAUGCCUUGGAUUUGAGGAGCUUGCUUUUCUGGUUAGCGGAGAGAGCUUACUAACGCUUACAAACACUGUCUCGGUUCCAUUGCCAUUGAACUUCACUGAAGGUGCGUUACGGGGCAGAAUGUUCCGGAAUUUUCCUGCCGAGUUAUUGGUGUCACUAGCAUUAGAGCCUCUGACUGCAAAUUUUCACAAGUGGAGCCUCUCUGUGAAGAACUUUACAGAAAAUGAAAAGUUAAAGAAGGUUUUCAAUAUAUUAACAACAAAUACAGAUGGCAAUAUAGAAUUCAUUUCAUCUAUGGAAGGAUUUACGUAUCCAAUAUAUGCUGUCCAGUGGCAUCCUGAGAAAGCCCCAUAUGAGUGGAAGGACUUGGAAGGUAUUUCCCACGCACCAAAUGCUGUGAAGACUGCGUUUUACUUGGCGGAUUUCCUUGUUUCUGAAGCUCGGAAGAACAAUCACCGCUAUGAAAAUGAAUUUGAGGAGAUGAAAUCCUUGAUUUAUCAGUUCUCUCCAGUUUAUACUGGAAAUAUUUCUUCAUUUCAGCAAUGUUACAUGUUUGACUGAAAGUCUUCAUUUGGUAACAAAGCAACUUGGCAUAAUUCAGUGUCAGGGAUUUCUGUCUACAGAUUGAAUUGCUAAAUCACUGCUCACAGCACUGUGAGAAGGCCACACAAAUUCCUUUUCUGUGCCUGCUUCUGAUUUACUUAAUACAUGAUUAUUUUUUAUCAGAUUUGAUAAUUUGACAAUGAAAAAGAUAAAUAGUAAUGGUGUCUUUCAUAAAUAACUUUUUGGUGUCUAAAGAUUAGAAAAAUGUAAUUUUUUAAAAAUAUACUUUUUGUGUGAUUUCUUAUUGUUUUCAGGAGUAAAAGCCACCCCAAAUCUACCCAUCUUAUUUUGACUAAAGUCUUUUCAAGUUCUACCUCCAAGUCCCUAUGACUUGAAUGACAGGUGUGUGUGUGUGAGCGUGUGCAUGUAUGUGCGUGCACCUGUGUAUACAUAAAGAUAUAUAAACAUUUUUCUUUCUGCUUUGCUUUAGCUCAUGAUUAAUUUACUGAAAUCAGGGUCUGUAUAUUUUAAUUUUUAUCGCCAUAAUACGUAACACUACAUUGCCAAGAAAUACCUGUGGCUACUUGUAAAAUGAGAAGUUUCCCACCAUGGAAAAUAAUUGAAAAACAUUCAAACAUAUAUUUCUGGUGUGUUCCAGUAUAUUUCUCUUUUGUGCUUACUCUCCUCAACUACUUCCUAUCCCAUAUACAUCCUCAAAAGUCUAAAACAUAGGUAUUCCUUGGGGACCUGUGAGCUGCUAGGAAAUAAAGGGUUUUUUUUUAAGUUUAAAAAAAA